AUGAAUGCUGAUGACCAAUAUUAUCCACAAGCUCCAAUUUACAAAGAGCCCUGUGCGUUCCAGAGGAGCCAGGGACAGGACUAUAACCCAAGCCCCCCAGCAUGCCUUUACAUGGGAAGGCAGCAGCAGGCAGCCUACAGCAACCCCUUGGUAGCUCUGGACCCAGGCAGUCCUCCAGACAUCUCACCGUAUGAAGUGCCUCCCAUAUCUGAAGAGCCCAUUGUUCCUCACCUCCAUCACCAUCACUACCAUCAUCACCACCAUCACCCAGGGAUCCCUCAUCCCCACCACCAAAUGCCAUUCCCAGAUGACAACGAAUCCGGAACCUUAGAGGAAAGGAACCGAACCCUUUUACCUUUCCCAUGGAUGAAAUCCACCAAAUCCCACACCUGGAAAGGACAGUGGACAGAUGGAUCAUACAUAAUGGAACAAGAGGAGAACAAAAGAACAAGGACAGCCUACACAAGAGCCCAGCUGCUGGAACUAGAGAAGGAAUUCCUCUUCAACAAAUACAUCUCUCGACCAAGGAGAGUAGAGCUGGCAGUCAUGCUGAACCUGACAGAGAGACACAUAAAAAUCUGGUUCCAGAAUCGGAGAAUGAAGUGGAAGAAGGAGGAAGAUAAAAAGAGAGGAAGAGGCACUGACCCAGAACAAGACUCUGUUGUGUCCUCUGCAGAUGUGCUAAAAGAUGAGCCUCAAUGUCUUGGAAACUCCCAAAAGACAGGGGACUUGGUCCUUUCUUCUCCUCUGCCAACUUCAUCCCAGUCCAAUCAAGUUCCUUCUAUUGGGUCGCUGAGGCAGGCAGAAAAACGAUAA